CAUUAAAUAUAUUUAGAAGAARUCUAAAGAAUAGUGACUUUUGUUUUUUCUUGGAAAUGUUCAUCCUAUUUCUGCUUUCAUGUCUCACAAUAAUGGUGACCUCUGUCCCGGUCAGUCCAAAUGUUCGUCCUCUCCUGCUGUUGCAGAGAAGUGCUGCUCAUCGAGACCAGCCUGUUGAAACCACAAACCAGAAGUCUGAAGCUCAGAUGGCGGCGCCUCUUUUGCCCAAUGCGGAGCAACCACAGCCUGGGAUUCCCCAGCAGCCAGACCCCCAGACUAGCCCUCAGCCAUCAUUACAGCAAUACACAAUGCUCACACAAGGGGGCAGUCCGAUGAUUAUCCCCCUGCCACAAAACCUCUACCCAUCCCUGGGUGCUAACCAGCUGACAGUAGCACAGCAGCCUAUGAUUUAUCCUGCUUAUGGAAUUGUGCCAUUUUUCCCCUCACCCUACAGCAACCAGGUGUUCUCCCCGUAUGGAUUCCCGACCGCUCCUGAAAUGUUUCCACCUCAAACUCCAACCCAGCAGCUCCCAAACAGUCCAGUGUUACCUGCAGAAACGGCUGUAGGUGUAGCUGGACCUGCAGCAGCUCCACAGCAGCAAGUCCAGCAGCAGAAUCCCCCAAUUGUGUACAUGAUACAACAGCCCAUGAACCCUUCACUUGGCGGCCUUAGCUCAGAGGAACUUCAGGCGGCAGCUAAAAUGAACCAGUUUGGUGUGUACAUGCCCUCUGUGCUCGCUAACCUGCCUGCAGCUGCAGGAGCCGUUCAGCCUGAGAACCAGGCAGCCGGACUCAAAAAGCCAGAGCAGCAGACUGCCGGCCGGACCGCGGUGGCCUCAGCAGCUGGAGUCCCACCAUCACAGGGGCUGGCUUGCUCUGGCUCACAGCCAAACGCUAACAGUUUCCCUGCAGAGCUGAAGAAAGCAGCGCCGCAGGCUGCAGCCAUCCAAACACCUGCUUUGUCUAAACUACAACCAACACGAAGACGCCUGGUUUAAAACUGGAAAGAUAACUCGCAUUUUACUCCRAGAGCAAAUGUAACGCAACACUGUUACAAAAUGUAGACAAGAAAAUUGUAAGUGGAGUGUUUUUUAGGAUAUUGCAAAGCAUCUGUAUGUUGUUUCAUUAUGUUAGAGUUUUUAAAUAAAAUAUAG